UGUUUUUAGUUUUUACUUUGUUCUUUUUUAGUUUUUACCCACAAAAGAUCUCAUCUUUGCUUUUAUAGCAACAAAGAAGAGAGAAAACAGAAGGAGGAAAAUUUUAUUUUUGCCACCUUCCGUUGAUUAGCCAUGCAUUCCUUAGCUUCAUGGCAUUCACGGAAGGUGGUAUUUUGACAUUUGAAGCCUAAAGUGAUAUAAAAAAAAAUUAAAAGAAAAGUUUGGUCCUUUGAAAAUCAAAGGUUGAAGAAAGGGUUUUUCUUGUUUUUUUUUUUUUUUGGUUUGUUGGGUUUCAUUUCAAGUGAUUAAUCAUCUUUUUUUUCUUUUGAUGGAGAAUAGAUUAAGGCCAGCCAGAUUUUCCUUCUUGAUGGUUGUUUAUAGCUUUGAUUGGUUUCUUGAUUUCAAUGAAACCAAAAUUUUAAGCUAAUUUUAUGUUGUUUAGCAUCAUAUUAUUUCAGCUUUUUUAAGGAGGAAGAUAAAGGGGGUAACGUCUUUUUUAGAUAUAAAGGGAGAAAAAAAAUGGCAGAAGAGGCUAAUUCAUGGAUUAGAAGAACAAAUUUUUCUCAUACAGUUUGUCAUAGGUUGGAUUCAUCUAGAUUGGUAUCUUUACCUUUCAACCUACAAUUAGAUACAAACCAAGAGAGGACUUUAGGGUCUAAACCUUCUAAUCCAAAAUCCGAUCACAUCGAUCCGUUGAUUCAGCGGAAUCCGGUCACGAACAAGCAACGAUCUGUUUCUCCGGUCCCGCAAACAGUUUUGUCUGAUACGUUUAAAGAAGCAAGGUCUGAGAGGAGGAGGUUCUCGACUCCACAUCCUCAUAGGAAAGAAUCUGAUAAGCGGAGGAUGAGAAGGUUUUUCCAUAAGGAAUCCCAUUUGCACGAAAAGAAAGGGUCGAAUUCGAGUCCUCUUAGGAACUCAGGGUCACCGAGAGUUUCAGAUAAGUCGAAGUUUAGGAAGGAGGCUUCUUGGACCAAGUAUUUUGAUUAUGCUGGUGGAAGGGUUAACUCUGCUGAUGCAGCUGAUGAACAUACUGUUGAUCUUUCACAGUUGUUUCUCGGGCUUAGAUUUGCACAUGGUGCUCAUAGUCGCCUUUAUCAUGGGAUAUAUAAAGAGGAAGCUGUUGCGGUUAAGAUUAUUAGGGUACUGGACGAUGCCGACAAUGGAGAUUUGGCUGUUCGAUUAGAGAAACAGUUCAAUAGAGAGGUUACUCUUUUAUCCAGGCUCUACCAUAGGAACAUUAUAAAGUUUGUAGCAGCAUGCAGAAAGCCACCGGUUUAUUGUGUUAUAACGGAAUAUUUAUCGGAGGGUUCGUUAAGGGCAUAUUUACACAAGCUUGAUCACAAGUCCCUUCCUUUGCAAAAGAUAAUUGCUAUUGCUCUCGAAGUUGCUCGUGGAAUGGAAUACAUUCAUUCUCAAGGAGUCAUUCAUCGUGAUCUUAAGCCUGAAAACAUCCUUAUCGACGAGGAAUUCCACUUGAAAAUUGCUGAUUUCGGUAUAGCUUGUGAGGAGGCACAUUGUGAUCUAUUAGCAGAUGAUCCGGGGACUUAUCGAUGGAUGGCACCUGAGAUGAUCAAAAGGAAACCGUAUGGACGGAAAGUGGAUGUUUACAGCUUUGGACUAAUCUUGUGGGAAAUGGUAGCCGGUACGAUCCCGUACGAGGAUAUGAAUCCUAUCCAAGCUGCAUUUGCAGUUGUGAACAAGAAUUUGAGACCGGUAGUCCCGGGAGACUGUCCGCCUGCCAUGCGAGCAUUAGUUGAGCAAUGUUGGUCAUUACAUGCAGAAAAAAGGCCAGAGUUCUGGCAGAUCGUAAAAGUGUUGGAACAAUUCGAGUCAUCGUUUAAUCAAGAUGGAACCCUGAAUUCGGUACCGAACCUAACUUGCCAAGACCAUAAGAAAGGGCUUCUUCAUCGGAUUCAAAAGCUCGGUCCCGUGCACCUUCAAAGUAAUGCUUCAUCUAUGCUUAAACCUAAGUUCACAUGAAUCUUAAUUGUGACCAAAUUGUAAUUAAAAAAGAAAAAGAAAAGAAAAGGUUGGUUUUCAAUGCUUUCUUUAUUGUGUACCCUAUGCUACAUUCAUGCGAGAGUGAAUGAAAAUACAUUUGUAGGCAA